CAGAGGUCGUAAACACGCCCACUUUUUUUCCUCGCAUGUUCCUCUGAAGCAUCGUUGUUACAUGGUGGUAAACGUCGUUAUAGUGUCUGUGUGUGUGCCACAGAAUUGUGCUUUACGGUGUAUAUCAAGCCUAUUUGUACUCUUUAAACAAUGAUAUAAAUGUCAGACGACAGACUUUAUUGUUAAGCCAAAGUCUUCUCUCGGAUACUGGGGCAGUUAGCUUGUUAUGCUAACAGCGCUACGUUGCGAAGAAUGAAGACUUCUAGCAGCAGCACGAACAUCAUGGACAUGUUUGAAAAAGGAAAAGUACUGAAAAUAUGUGCACCGAUGGUUCGAUACUCAAAACUUGCGUUCAGGUCCUUGGUUCGGAAGUACAACUGUGAUAUUUGUUUCACACCCAUGAUAGUAGCUGCCGACUUCAUGCGAUCUGUCAAAGCCAGAGACAGCGAGUUCACUACGAAUGAACGUGACCGGCCCCUGAUAGUACAGUUUGCUGCCCAUGAUGCCCAGACCCUGGCUGAUGCAGCCUGUGUGGUAGCACCUUUCUCAGAUGGAGUUGAUCUGAACUGUGGCUGUCCCCAGAGGUGGGCCAUGUCAGCCGGGUAUGGUGCAUGCCUCAUCAACAAGCCUGAACUUGUGAAAGACAUGGUCAGACAUGUCAGAAACCAAGUGGACAAUCCAAACUACACCGCAUCCAUCAAAAUAAGAAUUCACAAGGACUUGAAGCGGACAGUGGAUCUGUGUCAGAAGGCUGAAUCUGCCGGUGUGUCUUGGAUAACAGUCCACGGCCGUACAGCCGAAGAGCGCCACCAGCCGGUUCAUUAUGACGCCAUAAAGACAAUCAAAGACAGUGUUUCCGUCCCCGUCAUUGCCAAUGGGGACAUAAAGUACCUCCGUGAUGUGGAGUCCACUCACCAGCUUACUGGUGUUGAUGGUGUGAUGGCAGCUCGGGGUUUGCUCGCUAACCCUGCCAUGUUCGCCGGCUACGAGGACACUCCGUUAGAGUGUAUAUGGGACUGGGUGGACAUCUCUAUAGAACAGGGAACUCCAUUCACAUGCUUCCACCACCAUCUUAUCUACAUGUUGGAGAGGGUUAGCUCCCAGCCUGAGAGAAAAGUGUUCAAUUCUCUGUCAAGUACCUCAGCUGUAAUAGAUUACCUCCAGAACACAUACGGGUCAGUUCAUGAUCUCAGAACAUGAGCAUAUUGAAAUGUGAUGGUUUCCGUUUUAACAUUUGUAUUGUGUUUUUAUGCCGAAUAAAAUUGCAAAGCUGUGAUUGAA